UGUCAAAACGUCAACAAUAGCAGUGCGAAGUUUGAUCUCUUUAAAUUAAACUCUGUUAACUUCUUUUCUCUAUUUUAUCCACAUAGUUCGCUCUGUAACAGGAGGUCUAUUGUACAAUUUUGCGAUGGGCUCAAAGGUGAUAUCUAGCGCCAAGGAAUUUUUCAAUGUUCUUCGAUCUCUUCAAGAUGAAGCAAGCAACGAUACAUAUACAUAUGAGGAGGACAUCCAAAUACUAAAGAUGAAUGGAGACAGAAUCGGUGUGGUGAAUUUGUACUGUGGCAGCCAGCCAGUCUUCAUCUGUCAAAAAGCUGUUCCAAAAAUAAAUGAUGAUCAAGAAAUAGCUGAGUAUUCAAACUGCGCUGAUGCUGAUCCUGAUGCCGAUGUCAAUGUAAUCAAGACAGAACUGGGACCAGAGCCGCUCACAAUCAUGAAAGCAAGGCAGUUGCUGUCUUGGUACACAUUAUCUCAAAAUGCUAAUGUGUCAGCUGUUGACAACAACCCUGCCUUACACCCUCUGUGGGUGCGAUGUGACAUGUCUGAUCCUGCUAGAACAACCUGGUUUGGGGCUGAAACGGUCUGUGUGGGCAACAAAGUAUCUGGUGUAAAAUUAUACUCCGUUACCUGCAAAGGCUCAACAGUGGACAAAAAAUCUCUCCUUACCUUAGAUGAGCUUAAACAAGAGCACAAGAAAAGGCAUCACCCAUCCUCGAUGGCGAUUAAAGGCAGUGCCAGGUUCAACUUGUUUGGCUCCACUGUCGUUGAAAACACAGUGAUUGAGUCACAGAGUUCUGUGACAGUGGAUUUCAAAUGGAGUCAUGUGGAGAGUAUCCUUGAGACCCCACCCCUGUCUUCUACAGCCACACUGAAUAUCAAAGUUACCAGCGGAGAUAUGAGAAGCCCGAUGUUCGAGAUGUACAGGGAGCUAGAGUUUCUUCAGACUCUUGCUGAUGGUUUGAGAACUGGUGAGACUGAAUGGAUGGAACCUUUGGAAAGCACGUCAGCUGUAAAUCUUACCAAGGCCUACCUAGAAGAGCUUCACGACACUGCAAAGACACUACAGGAUCAGACUGCAAAAACAGCCGAGAACACAAAGCCGAAGUCUGACACAGACACUCCUAUUUUCAACUCUCUCUUGGAGCGAGGCGAUUUGGAUUUUGUGGAACAGUUGUGGGUUCGCAUGAGAAAGAGUGUGAUUUCAUAUCAAGACAUUGGAGACUGUCUGAAACUGGUCAUUGAAGCUCUGAGAUAUGGAGACAUCAAACCGUGGAUUCACAGAGACAGCAGUAGCUCCCUCAGCAAGCUCAUCCUGCAGUCCUACCACCAGCAGAUCGAUCAUGUGUCUCUCACAGGUGUCACUCCUGUCCACAUGCUGCUAGAGAUGGGUCUGGACAAGAUGAGAAAAGAUUACAUUAACUAUCUCAUUGGUGAAGAAUUGACAACUCUAAACCACUUGUGUUACUACCUGAGCACGGAGGUUGAUCUACAGGAGCAAGUGAUCCGACUCAGGAAACUGCACCAUCUGCUGGAAAUAAUUGUGACUUGCAGCACAUUCCUGGCUUUGCCCUAUGACCGGCUGUUCCUUCUCACACAAUCGUGUUUGCAGCACUACAAAACAUACCCAUAUGACGAAGAACAUGAAUUCAAACUCCAAAUCAAACCAGCCCUAAUCAGCCAUUUCUACCAGAAAGAGCAGCCACUUUUGUGGGGAGUUGAGGUGUCCAGUGGCCACGGUCCUCGUGAGGUCAGGACAUCCUUACAGCUCAGUGACAGACCACUGGUUGAUCAUGUCAUCUUUGAAACAGAAUACUCCAAUGAAACAGUGAAUGGAGACAGUGAAGAUCCCGCAUUCUUCUCCACCUUGUUGUGCUGCAGUCUUAUCAACUUUGCAUGAAUUUACACAGAGCACAACUGAACAACAACAGGAGAUGUUUAUUUUCAUAUGUAAUAUUGUCAUUAGUAAUUAACAUGUUUUGAAAUACCAGAUAGACUUAUACUGCAUCACAAAACCUACAGUGAGCACGAGAGGGUUUUCUGUUAAUAUACUGUAGUUUUGUUUAAUAUUUUGUUAAACAUCUUUCAAUUCUUUGUAUAUAUGUUCUGUGACCCUGGAAGGGUUUUUCUAACUAUAUCUUUAUAAUCCUAUUCUAUCAUUUUGCUGACUUUUUACAUUCGAUAGAGUAGAUGGCACAUGCUUAUUGCUGAAAAACUCCCAGUUUUAACCAAAUGAAAACACAAAAUCCAGUAUAUCAUAAGGUCUGUUUGCAAUGGUAAUAUUCCACAGCAAUAUUUUAAUAAGUAAAUCCAGCUUGUUGCAGGGCUAUCCACACUUUUUAAGUGUCUGAUACUAAGUCCAUGAUUAUAGGCUCAACCAGUGAUUUUACAGCAAACAUUGUUUACACGUCAAAUUUAAUGAAGUCAGUAAUUCUUUUGAAAUUCAUUUCAAAUAAUGUAUUUAUAUUCACACACGAUCCAUUAAAGAAAG